AUGCCCGACUUUAGUGGAAUCGACCUUUCUGGAAAGACUGCCAUCGUGACUGGCUCCUCUCGAGGCGUCGGCGCAGGCAUCGCGGUCAUGCUGGGAAAACGAGGGGCAAGCGUUGUUGUCAACUAUGUCUCUGGCAGCAGCAAGGAGAAGGCUUUGAAAGUCAUCGCAGAUGUCGAGGCUGCGGGAUCCAAAGCCUCUCUCUGCCAGGCCAACGUUAGCAAGAUGGAGGACAUUCCAAAGCUUAUUGAGGCCGCUUUGGCACUCAGUCCGAGCAAGAAGAUCGAUAUCCUGAUUCACAACGCUGCCCAGGGUCUCGAUGCCGACUUGAAAGACACCACCCUCGACUUCUACAACAUCCACUUUGACUGUAACGUCCGCGGGCCUCUUUUCCUCACCCAAGCCGCCCUCCCCCACAUCGCCCGUGGUGGUCGAAUUGUCUUCAUCUCCUCAGCUGCCGCCCGUAUGGGUGUGCCCCAGCAGACCGUAUAUGCUGCGACCAAGGCAGCCAACGAGUCAUUUGCUCGUGUCUGGGCAAAGGAGCUUGGUCAAGAAUAUGGUAUCACUGUCAACUGUGUCAACCCUGGCCCAGUCGCCACUGACCAAUGGUUCGCCAGUGACGAGAAGUUCCUGCAGGAGAUGCAGCCAUUGAUUGACUCCACCCCCGCCGCUGCCCGUGUUGGUGAGGUCUCCGACAUUGCUCCUCUCGUGGCUUUCCUCUGCUCAGAGGAUGCUAAGUGGACCACCGGAUCAGUGCUUUCUGCUAGCGGUGGACUCCUGAUUUAUUAA